AUGGCCGCCUCGCCGGACGAUUUCGUGGCUGACCCUGCCGAGCCCUUCUCCCCCUCCAUCUUCCUCGACCUGCCCCCGACGCCCUGCCCCGACGGCAAUGGCGAGGGCAAGGACCCGGUCUCCGAUGACCUCGUCCUCCCCUUCAUCGAGCGGAUGCUCAUGGAGGAGGGGAUCCACGAAGAGUUCUUCUACCAGUACCCCGACCACCCCACGCUCCUCCAAGCCCAGGAAUCGUACGCGCGGGUCCUCUCCGACUCCACCGCGGAUUCCUCUUCGGACGGCAUCCCCACCGUGUCGGUGUCCUCCGGCUCCGACGACCUCACCACGGAUGCCAGCACCGCGUCCGAGCUGUGCCCGGCGCAAGCGCAACUAGGGGAUGCUGGCGUCCGGAGUGACACUGCCGCCGUGGAGGAGAUGGAGAAAAAGGCCAACAGCACCAUGCUUGCAGCCGUCGAUGGUGACCACGCCGCGCUGGCCUUCCUCAAGGGCAUGGAAGAGGCCAACAAGUUCCUGCCUAGAGACAUCGACCUGCUGCGCGGCUCUGCCACCGUCCUUCAAGUGAAGGAAGAGGCAGAGGAGGGAAGUGCCAAUUGCAGGGGCCGCAAGAACCGGCACAACUGGGAUGAUGUCCUGGAGUCCAAUUUUGGCAGGGGGAGGAAGAUGAUGGCGCCUGAGGCGGAGGAAUCUGGUGAGGUGGUAGACGAAAUGAUUGCCAAUGGGUUCCAAUUGUUCCUCAGAGAGGUGGAGGGCCUCCGCAUCAGUAUGGGCAGCGAGGCCGAGAAGAAGAGCAGGAAAGGGAUUGCGCAGAGCACCAAUGGAAUGGUGGACUUGUGCACCUUGCUCAUACAUUGUGCACAGGCCAUGGCAACGGACGACCGCCGGAGCGCGGCCGAACUGCUUAGGAAGAUCAAGCAGCAUUCUUCUCCACAGGGAGACGCCACACAAAGGCUGGCACAUUAUUUCGCUGAGGGAUUGGAGGCGCAGCUGGCUGGUUCAGGGAGCCUGGUGUACAAUUCGCUCAUGGCAAAGCGCACCUCGGUCGUGGAUUUUCUCAAAGCCUACCGGCUGUACGCGGCAGCCUGCUGCUUCCGAGUGAUGGCGUUCAAGUUUGCCAACUUGACCAUCUGCAAGGCUAUUGCAGGGAGGAAGAAGGUGCACAUUGUGGAUUACGGCAUACAUUAUGGGUCCCAGUGGCCUGGUUUGCGCAAGUUUUUAUCUGUAUGGCCGGGUGGGCCACCGGAAGUGAGGAUUACUGGCAUUGAUCUUCCCCAGCCUGGGUUCCGUCCAGCUUCUCGGGUCAAGGAGACAGGGCGGCGGCUUAGCAAUUAUGCCUCUCAGUUCGGCGUGCUGUUCAAGUACCGUGGCAUUGCGGCUAAGUGGGAGACGGUUGGCGUUGAUGAUUUGGACAUCGACCCUGAUGAGGUACUCAUUGUCAAUAGCAUCCUCCAUUUUGGAAACUUGAUGGACGAAGGUAUCGACACGAGUAGCCCAAGCCCGAGGGAUGUUGUCCUCAGCAACAUCCGGAAGAUGCGACCAAAUGUGUUCAUCCUUUUCAUCAUGAAUGGCACAUAUAGCUCACCGUAUUUUGUACCACGGUUCCGGGAGGCGCUAUUCCACUACUCUGCAAUGUUUGACAUGAUGGAUGCCACGACCCCACGAGAUAGUGAUCUACGCGUUCUGGUUGAGCGGGAUCUCUUUGGCCAGUGUGCCCAGAAUGUCAUCGCUUGUGAAGGCUUGGACAAGGUGGAACGCCCUGAGACAUAUAAGAAGUGGCAGUUGCGGAACCACCGGGCAGGGCUGAGACAGCUGACAUUGGAUACGGAUAUUGUCAUGGCCGUUCGGGAGAGCAUCAGGGACAAGUUUCACGAGGACUUUGUCACUGAUGUGGAUCAUCAGUGGCUCCUGGGAGGGUGGAAGGGACGCAUACUCUAUGCAAUGUCGACAUGGGCUGCAGCUGACGCUAUCUCGAAUUUUUAG